AUGUGUGGUUAUAACAUUUACGUGACUAAGAAAAACUAUAAAGAUCACCCUAGUCCCACACAGAUACUUCAGAUUUCAAACUUUGGAUCUACUCUUGCGUUUCUCGUUCGAAUUCACUCACGGCCGUUUGAUUCAGUCAUAGACGAAGAAAAAAGAGAGUCAUCUUCGGAGCACGAGACUCAAGUAUCCAACAUCCGGUGGCAUCUAGCAGAAGGUGGUUUCGAGGAGUUCAAGCUGUUGGAGAGGCUUGGGGAAGGGAAAAAGGCAACUGCCGUUAUAGGAGAGGUGGCGGAUGAGCUGGGGACGGAGCUGGUAGUGAUGAGCAUGGAAGCCAUCCACUCCAAGUUCAUCGACGCCAAUUUACUUGCUGAGUUCAUCCCCUGCCCCGUCCUCCUCUUGCCCUUAUGAAUUAUUAUUAUUAUUAACCCAUCCAAAUCCUUAAUCCAAAUAUUUACUGUCUUGUCUCUCCUCCUACGCUUCCUUGACUAUUUCUCAAUCCUUCUUUUCUUUUCAUGUAUUCUCCCUGGAAGAGACUAGAGAGAGUGUGUCGAAAUGUGUAAUGCACAUCUUCUGUAUGUUUUUAUUAUGAUGGUUCUGUGUGUC